AUGUUUCAUAUCAAGAAGCGAACAAGCCAAGGGCGUGGGAUAAACAUGAUCUUUCUGCCGAAGGUGAACACUCUUAGUAAAGACCAAGGGCCAAAGAUUGACAAUAAAAGAGUGAGAGGAAGAUCUGGCGAGACUAAAGAUACAUACAAACAGCUCAACCAACAAACAGAUAAUGUUAAAAUGACCAAGACUGUCAGCAAAUGUCAUCGACAUGACCGUUGCCACUUCAGGAUUCAAAGUGACCCAGUGGGCCUUUGUUCAGUUCGCGAUAAACAAUCAAGGGUUGUGGAUAUUGUUGGUAUGAUUUGA